AUGCAGUGUGCAGGUAAGACUAUCCUUGAAAAUUCGUCCUAUCCGUUAUCCUACGCUAUCAUUGACAUGAAUUGUCGUCGUAGGUGACGGUCGAAAAUGGGGCCAGUCUCCAAUCGAUAUCGACGAAAACAAUGCAAUCGGGAUAAAGUUUCCUGCGCUUAUUAUGAGUGGCCACUGGAAUCAGGAUGGUAAAGCCAAAAUGCGAAAUAUCGGCAGCACAGUUCAAAUAACACUGGAAGAAAAUAAAAGCCCAGCGACGAUUCACGGUGGUCCACUGGCAAAUGACGUUUACGAAUUGUCAGAAGUAGUAUUCCGAUGGGGUUCGUCGAAUUGCAAAGGCGCGGGGCACACGCUGAAUGGCACUUGGUUCACGAUGGAGGCAGAAGCAAUACACUUUAAUAAAAGAUACGAAACAAUCGACAACUGUUGGGACAAGCACGAUGGGCUCGCGAUCUGCUCCUAUUUCCUGCAAGCUUAUCAAGUUCCAAUUUGGGAUGAACAUCCGUUGUUUGCCAAAAUCACGGACAACUUGUACAAAAUUAUACAGUCUGAUUCGUGCGUGAAGUUACUACCAAAUUGCUUGUGCUGGAUGAGACAGGCUUGUCAAACAUCCGGUUAUUACACGUAUCUAGGUUCGAUCACGACCUUUCCGUAUUACGAAUGUGUUACUUGGAUCGUUUUCCCAGAACCAGUCAGGAUUUCAGAAAAUCAAGCAGAAUUGUUUCGGAUGUUACGCGACAAACAAGGCAUGUGCAUCAAGGAGAAUUAUCGAGAAGUGCAAAAACUAGACGGUCGUGUAGUUUAUUACGUCAACUAA